AUGAUCUUUGGCUGCUUGGGCGCCGCCUAUGGCACAGCAAAAUCUGGAAUUGGAAUCGCAGGCGUCGGAACAUAUCGACCUGACUUGAUUAUGAAGUCUCUGAUUCCCGUCGUCAUGUCCGGUAUCAUCGCCGUCUACGCCCUGGUAAUUGCGGUCUUGAUUGCUGGUGACAUGGGCCCUCCACCUCAGAACUACAGCUUAUUCACGGGCUUCAUGCACCUUGCCUCUGGAUUAAGCGUUGGCCUAGCUGGUUUAGCAGCAGGAUACGCUAUUGGAAUUGUGGGAGACAUGGGUGUGCGCUCUUACAUGCAGCAAUCUCGCAUCUUCGUCGGCAUGGUCCUCAUUCUCAUCUUCGGUGAGGUUCUGGGUCUGUACGGUCUGAUUGUCGGCUUGAUACUGCAUUCCAAGUCCUAG